AUGGAUCCUCAAGACAUACACAAGACGGCUUUCAGAACCCACAGUGGGCACUAUGAGUACUUGAGAAGCAAGUGUGCGUUUAUUACAAGAAGGGUGGAGUAUCUUGGUCACUUCAUUGAAGCUCAGGGUAUAUCUACAGAUCCUAGUAAAGUCAAAGCAGUUGCAGACUGGCCAAUACCGAAGAAUCUGAAAGCUUUGAGAGAGUUCUUGGGUCAGUCAGGGUAUUACAGAAGAUUCGUGGAAAGCUAUGGUCUAAUAGCUCGACCUUUAACUGCUCUGACUAAGAAAGACGCUUAUAGUUGGAAUGUAGAAGCACAUGAAGCAUUUGAGAAUCUGAAACAAUUGGACAUAAGUGGGAGAGAGAUAAGACUUGGAACCAUCAAUGGUUUUAGAGACGAUAUAGCAAAUGGACAUGCUCAAGCCCGGCUUAAGAAAGCCAUGACCGUCACAGAAGUUAUGCAGCUAAGCGUCGUAACGAUUUGA